UCGUACCAGUUUGAAGUAGUAAAUCUUCUCUGUUCAUAUGUUUGUUUACAAAUUUCGUAAACCCCAGAAAUUUAAUUCUUUUCUUUCAGAUUUCGCAAAUCAGCAAAAAUGGCACCGAAGAAAAAGACAACCAUGAAAUGGGUUGUGAAAUCUCAGCAAUCAGCAAAACCUGCAACGGAGAAGAAGAUGCUACUAGACAUUUCCGAUUGUGUUUCAAAACUGCAGCUCUCUUCACCCAAAAUGGCACAACCUGCAUUGUCUUUCCCGGACUGGUCUCUUCUUCCUGAAGAGCUACUGAACAUUGUCUCCGAGAAGCUAGAGGACGGUUUCGAUGUUAUUCAUGCUCGUUCUGUUUGCCGCUCAUGGCGAUCGAUCUUUCCCUUUCCUUCUAGGCUAUUACGAACACGUUACUCUCUGCCCUCGUUUGACAAGCUCCCUCGCAAAGGCAAAGGCUUUUGCACAUUCGAGAAGUUUCCUAUGUUCCUUUUCGGAGUCCGAGCUCCUGCUGCUGCGUUGUGUGCUACGUAUUUUCUGGGAGGAGUAGACCAAGAUAAAUCAGAGGAACACAUGGAACUUCCAUUUCCUAUUCAGUGCUCAGUGAAAGUGAAGAUCCAAGACUUUGAUCCAACCUUGAUGAACAUUCUCGACUGUCAGAUUCUCCCUCUGGGCUAUCUUUACAGAAUGGUUGGCUGGAAUCCUGAAUUGUUGACAACAAAGUUCAGAGGUGUGGCUUUUCUUCCACUUAACAAGGGAGGAGAAUUCGUUGUGCUUCUCGGCUAUUACCAUGAUCUGUUUGUGUUAAGAAGUGUUGAAAUGAGGUGGACACGGCUUGAGAGAGUCUCAACAGCUACUUGCAAGGAUAUAGUCACAUUUAGAGGCAGGUUUUAUGUAGUUUUUCUUAGCGGAGAAGUUUUUGUUUUCGAUCCUUAUUCACUUGAACCGACUCCUUUGACGAUGCCCAUGGAGCUUGUGGAUUGUGGUUCAGUCAAUUAUCUGGUUCCAUCUGGUAAUGAUGAACUUUACCUGGUUGAGGUAAUACUCCCUCGUAACACUGAUGUAUUAGACUUUUCUCGGUUAACGUUAAGAGUGAGUAGGCUAGAUGAGGAGGCUGGUGAAUGGGUUGAGGUCACCCAUUUGGGAGACCGUGUUUUGUUUAUUGGACAGCCUGAAAACGUCUCAUGCUCUAAGGAGCUUCCUGAUGGUUGUGGUAUUAGUGGGAAUUCAAUUUUGAUGACCUAUGAGCCAUGGAAAGUAACUCACCCUUAUAGAUAUGGAGUACGAACAGGACGCGAGGAAGAUGAAAUCAAUUGUUGGAGAUUUUCAACAGAGAAUCGUGUGACGAUUCUUGGUACAUCUCCGGUAGUGGCUCUUCAAGUUGAGCGCUAAGCCUUAAAAUCUUAGUUUGGAUAAAUCGGACAUGUGGUGGUUUUGUUUUUAGAUCGGUUCUUGACUUGUAGCUCAAGACAGAUAUAUUGUUCUGUCUAGUUU